CUCCUUCCAUCGUUUCGUUUCGUUGAGAGAGAAGAGAGAGAGAUGUUGGGGUUUUUUAGCAGCGCUGUGGUGACGCCACCAGACGAGCUCGUUGCCGCUGGCAGCCGAACUCCGUCACCGAAGAUGACGGCGUCAUCUCUACUCAACCGUUAUCUCGAGGACACGCCCUCGGCCGUGUCCGUCCAAGUCGGUAACCACGGACACGUGGCGUACUCUCAUCACAAAGAGUCGCCAUUCCAUCCCAGAUCAUUUGCAGUGAAGGAUGACGUGUUCUGUUUGUUUGAAGGGGUGCUAGACAACCUGGGCAGUCUUAGACAGCAAUACGGACUGUCCAAGACAGCGAACGAGGUGGUGUUGGUGAUAGAGGCAUACAAGGCCCUUCGAGACAGGGCCCCUUACCCUACAUCCCAUGUUGUAGGACACCUCGAUGGCCCUUUUGCAUUCGUUCUCUUUGACUUGUCCACCUCCACCCUCUUCGUUGCUUCGGACCAACAUGGGAAGGUACCUUUGUUUUGGGGGAUAACAGCAGAUGGGUACGUCGCAUUCGCUGACAGUGCAGAGCUGCUUAAAGGAGCGUGUGGCAAGUCCCUUGCACCUUUCCCGCAAGGUUGCUUCUUCUCGACAACGGAAGGAGAGCUGAAAUGCUACGAGAACCCCAAGAACAAGGUGACAGCCAUUCCUACAAAUGAAGAAGAGAUAUGUGGUGCAACCUUCAUGGUGGAGGCAGCGCCAGUUUUUGCAACCACACAGUACUGAGGCUUCAUUUCCAUGCAUGGGUUUGUGGAUAGGGAUGUGAAUGUAAUGUAUGUAUGGGAUGGUUGCAUGCGUAUGGAUCUCGGGAGAGUGAUUGCAUGGAGAGAUGAGGGUAAUGCACAUGACAUGGUUGCAUCAGACUUUCCUUUUUACAUCAAUGUACAUGUACCAUGUAUGCAUAAGUUCUAAUAAGUUUGCAACAUGCCUUCAACAUG